GGGCCUUUGUAGGGCCCUUCCUUGCUCCACGGGGCUGCUCCCGCGUGGAUCGGUCACGCUGCCUCGUCCUGAAGCGCAGCACCUCUGGGCAUGGCUCAGGAAGUCCUGCUUUUUUAUUUUUAUUUUUUUACUGCUUUUUAUGUCACUUCGGAGCCGGUCCCAAGCAUCCCUGCGUGGGGUCGGAGCUCCGCGUGGUAGCAAGGGCGGUGUCCCGCCUCGGAGCCUCCCUCUCCCGUGGGAUGCGGUCGUGGGUUUCCAGCUGCUUUGUAGUUUUCCCUCGUGAUUUUUUUAAUGAAUUUUAUGCAGCCUCCGAAUUUUAUGCAGCACCUUCGGAGGGUUGCCCCAAAUGGUUAUUUGGGAGGGUGCUGUGGCUCCUGGAGCUGUAAUCACAGGAUUGUAGGGGUUGGAAGGGGCCUCAAGACAUCACUGAUAAUGCAUUUUUUGGAGAUAAUGCAUUUUUUUUUUUGGUUUUCGAAGAGGAGAAGCUGUUACAAAGCAGAGCUGCUCUCCCUUCUGCUUUGAUACGGUUUCAUAGGGUUUUGAUCAAGUGCUUGAUUUCAGCUCCCUCCCAGGGAAAGCAGGAAGGGACCCUCAGAUCCCAAAUAUCUGUGUUCAAUAACCACACGGCUCCAUAGCACAGGGCACGAGGGCUGCACAGAUGUCCUGGCCUCGUGGCCCUGUGCCCGUGUCCCGGCAUCGCCCAGCUGGGACCUUGGGGUGGGCCUGGGGCCAUCACAGCAAGCGAGGAUGAAGUUUCCCACUGAGAUGCAAGGGGAGGUUUCAGGCUUAGGAUUUAGGAUGGAUGGAGAGAUGUGGGAGGGGGAAUUUGUCUUCAUUUGGGCUUCCAAUUCCAUGAAAUAUUUCAGAGAGAUACAGAGGGGAAGAGGAGGGGACGAAGGAACAGAUAGCGGUGUUUGGGAUCAAGAUGCUGGGCGGCUGGCAUGGCUUCCCCUACAGGCACUCGCACCCUGCUCCCCUUUCCCCACCACCUCCCGGUGGCGAACGCCAACCCCAUCCCCUUCUUCUCACCCCACGCAGAGGACACCGUGGCCAUGUCCUCCCUGCACUAGAACCGUCCCCUCCCACCGCCUCGGUGGCUCCCAACCCGGCCGGGAGGAUGCGUGCCUGGAAGGCGGUGGCCAGCACGCUGGUGCUGAGCGGGGUCGAUGUGGUGGUCACCACGCUGCUCUACGCCCACGGCCGGGGCGGCCGGGACAUCCUGCAGGACCUGAGGCACUUCAACAUCUUCAACUCGCUGCUGGACGUCUGGGGGGGCUGCCUCUACCGCAGCUGCGUGCUGCUGGGGGCUUCCAUCGGGGUGGCCACCAACACAGCCUACGGCCCCCGGCGCCUCAGGGCCUCGCGGACCUUCAUCGCCGUCGUCUGCCUCCUCAUGGGCAUCUACAUGAUGGUGAAGCUGCUGCUCUACUCCGAGGUGCGCAGGACCAUCAAGGACCCCUGGUUCUGGGGGCUCUUUGCCUGGACCUACGUGGCUUUGGCGGCCACCUUCGGGCUGUGGCAGCUGCUGGCCUGCGUGACGUCCUCCCGCGAGGCGCUGGGGCAUGGCUCCGAGUCCCGCACCGAGGCGGAGGAGAGCUGCGAUGCCCCCCGGGACAAGAGGGAGGAGGCGGCGGGUCCCACCAUCCACAAGCUGCUGUCGUACACCAAGCCGGACGCCUUCUUCCUGGGCAUCGCCUCCUUCUUCCUCCUGGUGGCUGCGCUGGGAGAGACCUUCCUGCCCUACUACACGGGGCUGGCCAUCGAUGGCAUCGUGGUGCAGAAGAGCAUGGACCGCUUCUCCACGGCCGUGCUGGUCAUGUCGCUGCUCGCCAUAGGAAGCUCAUUUGCCGCAGGUAUCCGGGGCGGCGUUUUUACGCUCAUAUUUGCAAGGCUGAACAUCCGCCUCCGCAACUGCCUCUUCAGGUCGCUGGUGUCCCAAGAGAUGAGUUUCUUUGAUGAGAACCGUACAGGGGACGUCAUCUCCCGCCUGACGUCGGACACGACCAUCGUGAGCGACCUGGUCUCCCAGAACAUCAACAUCUUCCUGCGCAACGUGGUGAAGGCCACGGGGGUGAUCUUCUUCAUGUUCAGCCUCUCGUGGAAGCUCUCGCUCGUCACCUUCAUGGGCUUCCCCAUCAUCAUGCUGGUGUCCGACGUCUACGGCAAGUACUACAAGAAACUCUCCAAGGACGUGCAGAAUGCCCUGGCCAAGGCCAACAACACCGCCGAGGAGACCAUCUCAGCCAUGAAGACCGUCCGCAGCUUUGCAAACGAGGAGGCGGAGGCCAACGUGUACUGGCAGAAGCUGCAGCAGGUGUACAAACUGAACAAGCGCGAGGCCCUGGCUUACACCUACUACGUGUGGUCCAGCGGGCUGACCCUCCUGGUGGUCCAGGUCAGCAUCCUUUACUACGGCGGGCACCUCGUGAUCUCUGGGCAAAUGACAAGCGGAAACCUGAUAUCCUUCAUCAUUUAUGAGUUCGUCUUGGGAGACUGCAUGGAGUCCGUGGGCUCCGUCUACAGCGGCCUGAUGCAGGGGGUGGGAGCUGCUGAGAAGGUGUUCGAGUUCAUCGACCGCAAGCCAACGAUGGUGAACGACGGGUCUCUGGCCCCAGACCACGUGGAUGGGAAGGUGGAGUUCAGAAACGUGACGUUCUCCUACCGCACUCGCUCUGCCACGCAGGUCCUCCAGAACGUGUCCUUCACCCUGCACCCCGGCAAAGUGACGGCGCUGGUGGGCCCCUCGGGCAGCGGGAAGAGCUCCUGCGUCAACAUCCUGGAGAACUUCUACCCUCUGCAAGACGGGCAGGUGCUGCUCGACGGGCGUCCCAUUAACAUGUACGAUCACAAGUACCUGCACUCAGUGAUCUCCUUGGUGAGCCAAGAGCCGGUGCUGUUUGCUCGCUCCAUUGCUGAUAAUAUUUCCUACGGCUUAGCUUCGGCCUCCUUCGAGUCGGUUGUUCAGGCUGCCCAGAAGGCUAACGCCCAUGCCUUCAUCACGGAGCUACAGGACGGCUACCACACAGAGGCAGGCGAAAAAGGAGCUCAGCUGUCAGGUGGCCAGAAGCAGAGAGUGGCUAUUGCCAGGGCCUUGAUCCGAACCCCCCCCAUCCUCAUCCUGGACGAAGCCACGAGCGCGCUGGAUGCAGAGAGCGAACACGCGAUUCAGCAGGCGAUUUACGGCGACUUGCAGAACCACACCGUGCUCGUCAUAGCUCACAGGCUGAGCACUGUGGAGAAGGCACACAACAUCAUUGUGCUGGACAAGGGCCGCGUGGUGCAGCAGGGCUCGCACAAGGAGCUGAUGGAAGAAGGAGGGCUUUAUUCCAAGCUGGUGCAGAGACAGAUCCUGGGGCUCGAGACGGGCGGCCACCAACCCGAAGCCCGGGGAGAUUCAGCGAAGGCACCCAGCGGGCUGGAGGAAGAGUUCAGGAUAGACCAUUCCCUCCCGGCCACGGCGCAGGACGAUUAUAACAACACAGCUCACAAGUGAGAGCGGCGAGGGCCGGCGCUGGAGACGCUUGCUGGGAUGCCGAGGCAGGAGGCAGCUUGCCGACGGGCCGGCACGCCGCACAACGCCGCCCGUUCGCCCGUCCCGUCCCGCGUGCGCCACGCAGCCGUGCACACAAAAACCACACACUUCUAGAGCUUCCUGCAGUACAGCCCGGCGGGGCAGACGCCUGCUGGUUAAACAGGGAAACCGACUGGGGAGUUGGGUCUUUAGCCAUUCUCAGCAUUUCUACUGGGUUUCUUUUCUUACUACCAGUAAUUCCUCUCGACUGGGACUUUUCUCCCAUUGAUAUGCAUGUGUAACUGCUAUUAACUGUACUGGAUGUUAAAUGCAUGCAUGGAGGGGAAGGUUGAAAACCCCUCCAGGAAUUUCAGGGGGUGGCUUUCUUGGCUGGGUAGAAAAGCAGCGACUGUAAAACAAGGUCCUGCUCCUGCUGUCAAUCUAUGGGGUCAGUCCAAAGUCUGCUGAAGUCUGUAGGGAGCUCCCUUCGGCUUCGGGGAAAAUCGGGAUCCCUUCCAUGGGGCUGAAUGCUGGGAGAGUUUUGCACUGAGUGCCUGCAGGCUCAGGCUCACAACCAUUGCUGCUGAGCUUGUUUCACGUAGUAAUCAUCCUUCCUGGAAUGAGCCAGGGGACCAGGAGGCAGGUGUUGCUUUCAGAUUUACUCUUGGUGCUUGGUGGGUGUUUGGUUUUCUUUUUAAGGACGAAGAGUUUUACCAUAAUUGGGUUAGGGAUUUUUUUAAUUAUUAUUAUAUUUCUGUGUGCACUGUACAAUGUCUGUCUGGCUCCAGUGUCCACUGAAAUCCAGUCUGUUACUUCAGUAUUUUUUUAAACUCACAACCCCGGUGCUGGUUUGAAAAAAACACUACUAAAGACAGGCAUAAAAUACUAAAAGACAGCACUUUAUAGAACCCACCAAAGCUUUGUUCAGCUUCAGGCAAUGCAAGUGAUUUCACUGCAUGGGAAAUCCGUACAGUCACUUUCCUGGAAGUCAAACUUCCGCUGCCUGAACUGUGAAAUGUGUUUCUUUGAGUACUAUUUAUUAACUUUUAGUAAGAGGGAAAGAAAGACGUAUAUUGCUCCUAGUCCUUUUGUGUGAUGGCUCUGGCUUAGUAGUGUUAUGCUGCCAUAGAUUGGUGAAGAAACCUAUGCAGCCAGGCAGAUGCUAUUGAAAAAUAGCAUUGGAUUUGGUGGGAAAGAUUGACUCAGACUGUGCAUAGUUAAGAAAUGAUCUCAAGCACUUUAGCUCUCAUGUUUUUCGGUAUUUGAAUGCUGCUGUGUUUUACUUUUUGGCAGUUUUGCAGUUUUGUUGUUCGCACUGUUUUGAUUUCGUUCAGUGAUGUUUUACAAACUCUUUAGUGUCCUUGAGGAGGGAUGCUCAAACAAAAAUAAAAUACUACCUCUGCCACUCAAUAUUGA